AUGGCCGACUUUGAUCUAGGAGCGUCUUUUAUUCCCGCCUUGUACAAGCCGGCAGCCCUGUUGCCUAUUGCCAAGCAUCGAGAAGCCCUCUUGUACCUGAUUGAAACCUCCCCUGUCACUAUCGUCGUGGGUCAAACCGGCUCAGGCAAAAGUACUCAGAUCCCCCAAUUUCUCGAGCAGGCAGGAUGGUGUGCUGAUGGCAAGAUUAUCGGAGUGACACAGCCUCGGCGUGUUGCAGCAACCACCGUUGCCAUGAGAGUUGCAGAAGAGGUUGGUUGUGAGGUGGGCAAGGAAGUUGGUUUCUCCAUUCGCUUUGAGGACCUCACCUCGGCGGCUACCCGGAUCAAGUUCAUGACUGAUGGCCUUCUUAUUAGGGAGGCACUGGUCGACCCUCUCUUGUCUCGGUACUCGGUCGUCAUGGUCGAUGAGGCCCAUGAGCGAUCCAUCAGUUCUGAUAUCCUCCUCGGGUUACUCAAAAAAGUUCGCAGGAAGAGACCUGAGCUCAGGAUUAUCAUCAGCAGCGCCACGCUCCAAGCCGAAGACUUUCGAGACUUCUUUUCGGAGUCCAACGAAGAAGUACCAAAAGACGACAAAGAUGCCGCAAAGGUUGCCUCCAUCAUCAGCCUCGAGGGCAGAACCUACCCCAUCGACAUCUUGUACCUGGAGCAACCAGCCGAGGAUUACCUCGAGAAGGCUGUUUCAACCGUCUUUGACAUUCACGCUGACGAGCCAAAAGGCGACAUUCUCGUGUUCCUGACGGGAAGAGACGAGAUCGAAAAAGCUGUCCAGGCUGUUGCAGAGCGGUCAGCUCAGCUCCCUCCAGGAUCCGAUUCCCUCCUGCCCCUACCAAUGUAUGCCGGUCUAUCGACAGAGCAGCAAAAUUACAUUUUCGAGGAGACCCCAGAGAACUUCAGGAAGGUUAUCUUCUCUACCAACAUUUCCGAGGCAUCUGUGACGAUUGACGGAAUCGUCUACGUAGUCGAUUCUGGGUUCGUCAAGCUGCGCGCCUACAACCCUCAAACUGGCAUCGAGAGUCUGACAGCCACGCCAGUCUCGAAGGCAUCCGCUGCUCAAAGGUCAGGGCGUGCAGGCCGAACCAAACCUGGAAAGUGCUACAGACUCUACACCGAGGAAGCUUACCAAGCUUUGCCUGACGCCAACGUGCCCGAAAUUCAACGCUCGAACCUGGCUCCUUUCGUCCUCCAGCUCAAAGCGCUGGGGAUAGAUAAUGUCCUUCGGUUUGACUUCAUCACACCGCCCCCAGCAGAACUGAUGGUCAGGGCACUUGAACUGCUCUACUCGCUUGGGGCGCUGGAUGAAUACUCCAAACUGACAAAACCCUUGGGCCUGAGGAUGGCAGAGUUGGCAGUGGAACCCAUGAUGAGCAAGACCCUCCUCUCGGCACCCUCUUUUGGCUGCUUGAGCGAGAUAUUGACGAUUGCCGCCAUGACAAGCGUUGGUGGGACGAUAUGGAUCCAGCAUGAUGGCGAGAAGAAGAAGACGGAGAGCGCGAAGCGGAAGUUCUCAACCGAGGAAGGAGACCAUCUAACCCUCCUGAAUGUAUACCAGGCCUUUGUGACCAAGGGCCGCAAGGAGGCACGUUUCUGCCACGAAAACAUGUUGAAUUUCAAGGCAAUGUCGCGAGCAGUUAGCAUUCGAGCCCAGCUCAAACGUUCUCUAGAGCGAUUUGGAGUCGUAGUCGAUGAAUCGCUUGCGAGCGGUUCCACAUCCUCGACCGCUGCUGGCUCGGCCUCCAUCAACAAAGCAGAACAGAUUCGACGCUGCUUGACCUCGGGCUACUUCGCCCACGCAGCGAGAAUGCAGCCAGAUGGAUCUUUCAAGAAUGUGUCUGGGACAACGGUCCUUCAUGCUCACCCGAGCUCGAUCAUGUUUAACCGCAAGGCUGACUGGGUCAUCUUUCACGAGGUGAUGGAAACCGGCGACAAGACUUAUAUCAGAGAUAUCACCAAGGUCGAGAAGAACUGGCUGCUGGAGUACGCUCCCGAGUUUUACAAGACGUCAACUUGA